AUGUCAUCCUGGUUUAGAGGCCUAGGCUCCAGCUUGGGCCACUCCUUGGGUCAGGUGGGGGACAGCUUGUCUUCCCUCACUGGCCAUACGUCCAAUGUCACCAAGGACGCGGUUCUCGAUGAAUUCGAGGAGGUAGAAGCAGGUUUACCUAGUUAUUGGAGAAAGAACAUUGAAGAUACCAAAUGGAUGAUCAGAUAUGACAAUGAAAGACUUAAAAACUAUUGUUCUGACCUGGAAGAAAGGUAUGCAGCAUCCGAGCUACGCAUCCAACAUCAAUCUGCAAAUCACCGAAAUGAACUGGCACAGAAAGAAGUCGAAAUCUGGCAACUGAAAGCAAGACAGUUUGUACUAGAAGAUGAGUUGUUGCAACUGAAGUCAGCUGCCCAACCACUGCAUUCAGGAGCUGGUGGUGUACCGUCAACCACUGCCCUGUCUUCAUUCGGUCAUGACAUCAGUCAUGGUUCAGCUUUUCCCGGUGAUGACAUGGACUUCAGUGACAUCAUUUCAGCACAACAAGAAAUCAACAGACUGUCAAUUGAAGUUUCAAGACUCGAAUUCGAAGUUGGCCGUUGGAGCGCUGUUGCUCAGGCACAGGCAACACAUAAUUCAGAUCAAAGUGAAAUCUGCCAACUACAAAAUACUAUUAAGCUACUUGAACAAAACCGAAAUCAAGACCUUGAUAAUCACCAAGGUGAAAUUGCAGUUUUGCAGAAUGUACAUCAACAGAAACUGGCAGAGAUGAGUCGCCAGUAUCGAGAGGAACUAAAUGACUCUGAAGAAAGAAUUAGAAAACUUGAAAAUCAGUUACAGCAAGGUGACUCGGGAGUAACAGUAACUGAUGAGUCUAAAAUCUGUGACUUGCAAAAAACGAUUCAGGUUCUACAAACUGAAAAACUAGAGUCUGCCAGGAAGAUCGAAGAACUUGAGGAUCAACUAAAAGACAUAAAUGAACAAUUAUCUUUGGCACAAAAUGAUACAGAGGUCUUGAAGAGAGAAAAAGAGCAGCUCAGUAUGGAAAAGCACCAAAUAAUGGAACAGUGUGAAACCUUGAAGCUGGAAUGGAGUCAAUUGCAGCCUUCUGUGAUGGAGCAGAAAGAUGAGGAAAUUGGGAAUGUGCAGAAAACCAGUGAACAAAUAAAAGCCCAGUUGCAGGAAGACACACACAACACUCCAGCAGACAAUUCUGAUAGUUUCCAAAUAAUAAAAGUUAAAAGUCUUCGUAUAGAAAACGGAAGUGAAAAACACAACCUGUGUAACCAUGAAACUGUAAAAGGAGGGAAAGGAAUCCAACAACAUGAACUUGAAAUUCAACUUGUAAAUGAAAAGAGUAGAUUUUUAACCAACCAGAUUGAUCAGCUGUCUGAAGAUGAAGUUGGUCAACUCACUCAAGCUAUCCAGCAACAAGCUCUUCAGGCUAAAACUUAUUCAGGAAAACUUGAUAUGAUUCCACUCCAGCUCUUGGCUGCGUUAUCACGUACCUCCCAGUCAGCAGAGGUCCAAGAGCUGAGACAGUCACUGCAAGAAAAGGAGGCUACCAUUAGGAUGCUCCAGGAAAAUAACCACAGGUUGUCUGAUGCAAUUGCUGCUGCCACAGACAGAGAAAACAAAGAACAUGAAGAAAUGGAUUCCGAAAUUAAACAGCUCAAGGAAGAACAAGAUGUGUUAAACACUUUACUGAAGGAAAAAGACCUCUUCAUCCAAGCCAAAAGUGAUCAGUUUCUUUCUUCCAAUGAAAAGCUCACUGACAAAGUGAAUGAAAAUGAGUUGUUGAGGCAAGCAAUAACCAACCUAAAAGAGAGAACAUUAAUUUUAGAAAUGGUCAUUUCUCAACUCAAAAGGGAAAAUUAAAAAAUGACAGAAACAUCUCAAGAAAAGGAAAUGGAGUAUCAAGCAUUACAAGAGACCAACUUGAAGUUCUCUGUGAUCCUGCUAGAACAAGAGUAUGAGUGCCAGUCCAUGAAGGAGCAAGCUCUUGCCUUUGAGCAGCUGUUACUAGAGAAAGAAGAUGGCAAGGCUGGGGACUUAAGUCAACUUUUAAAAGCACUUGAAUCCAUGCAGGAGAAGACCAUCCUAUUUCAGCAGGAGAGAAACCAAGUCACCUUGUCUCUAAAGCACCAACAGAUGGCAAACCGGACCUUAGAGCAAGAGGUUCAACACUUACAUGACAAAGAAUUACACUUGAAGCAGGAGGUACAAAGCCUGAGGAGCCAUCUUCUAGAAUCAGAAGAUUCUUACAGCCGGGAAAUUGGGGCUGCAGAGAAGAGAGAGAGGAACCUAAGAGAGAAAGUCACACUAUUGGAGGAAAAGCUGCUCUCCUCUUCUAAUGCAAGUCAUCAAGCCAGUGUGCAGGUAGAGUCCCUGCAGAAACAGGUGCGUUUACUCUCCCAAGAGAGGGAUGAGAACGCCCUGCAGCUUUCGCUCUACCAGGAACAAGGAAAGCAGUAUGCCAUGUUACUCACUAACCUGCAAAAGGUUCUAGAGAGUUCCCAAGAAGAAGAAAAAGCUAUGUAUUCCGCUGAAUUAGAAAAGGUAAGACAACGUACCACUGAAUGGAAGGAAAAGGCAGAAAAUCUAGAAAGAGAGGCAUUGUUAUUACAGGAACGCUUGGAUGAAGCCAACCGUAUGUUGGAUUCAGCAACCAGACCUACACAACAGUUACAUCAAAAGGAAGAACAGAUUGAACAAAGUGAGCUCCCAGGAGAAAUAUUGGACGAUGCCCAAAAGGAAUGGAUGAACUCGGAAAAUGGCACAGAAGGAAAAGUGGACAAAGCCCUAAUGAGAAACCUGUUCAUCGGGCAUUUCCAGACACCGAAAAAUCAGCGUCCCAAAGUGUUAAGGUUAAUGGGAAGCAUCCUGGGCAUUCAAAAGGAGGAAAUGGAGCAGUUGUUGAGUGGAUAUGAUGGUGGUGUUACUAAGUGGAUGAUGGGAUGGCUUGCAGGAGGAUCCCAAUGUGUCCCCAACCCACAUUUGACACCAAAUGAGCAACCUGGGCUGAAGAGUUCUUUUUCAGAACUUUUUGUCCAAUUUCUGGAAACAGAAUCUCAUUCAUCCAUUUCAUCACCAAAACUUUCUGCUCGUGCCAUGAAGUGUCUAGACUCCAGAGGAAGGAGAAGGGAACGUGCAAAAAUACCAAGAAGUGUGACAGACACAGCAGAAUUCAGAGCUGGUAAAAGAGAGGCUGUGAAUCCAUUCUUGGCACCGCGUUCUGUGGCUGUGCCACUGAUUAGCCUAGAUGGACUUGGACCUGGUGGACCUGGGAAUCUCCUUUUGAAUCCCAUCGCAGACUUCAUGCCCACCUUUACACCAUUGCCAGUGUCGCCAGACAAUAGCGCCAGGGUUGUACUAAAGGACCUUUGAAAGCAAUUCAAAGUGAUUCUCAAGCCAGAGAUGAGUUAG